GCUCAGCUGUAAGACGACACUUUAAGGCAGUGCUGGGACUUUAGUGAGCCUCUGUGCUCAUGGCCCUCCCCUGCUCAAAACCACCAGUUUUUGUGACAUAAUAGCUAAACUGUAUGUCUUAGCAAUAGAGACAUCACUGACCCUGCAGAGAGGGUAGUAGAAGAUGCAGAAAGACAAGGGAAAUUAGAGAUGCUGCAAGGGCCAAGUCUAGCUUGGCGCCCCUCCCGCGCAGCUCACCUUACAGAUCUGUGGCCUCCUCUCCCCUCCCUAAACCUAUGGCUGACCGACUUCAGUUGGGUGUGUCUGGGCUCUGAAACCUACAUCCAUAGCCAAGGUCAUCUAAGGUCGCCGACUCCCACCUCCUGCCCCAAAUUAAUCUGACCUCAAGUCUUCCCAGAUCUCUUUGUUCUGGGGGACCAGGUGGCGGGGUCCCACCCCCUAAAAAUCCUGAUCAUGUUCCUGUAGCUCCACUUCCAAAUGAGACCUUCAUAGUUAUUCAUUCCUUCUAGGAAGGUUGAUGCUGAGAUACAGAGAUGCAUUGCAUUUUAUUUUAUUAUGUUUGUUUUGCCUCAAUCCACUUGCCUGGAACAGAGCCUGACUCAGAGUACCAAGUACUAUCUGUGGCUGUUCACAAGUAUUUGCUGAAUGAGUAUUAAAGGAAUAGGUCUGAUUCUGACCUUCAUCUAGCCAUGUUGGAGGAGGCAGACUCCAGACACACAACUGAGGGAAGGAUCAAGGUUGUGAUUAAGAAAGGUACAGGGGACCUUUGUGGGAGGAGAAAGAGAUGGACUCUGAGGGUGAAGGAUUUCUUAGGAGUAGUACCUAAGGCGUUUGGCUUUGUAAGAUUAUGAAGGUUGGACAAGCAAUAUUACCAGGGCACCAUGGAUCCCGGGGAGCCAGCCCCCAAGCCUUUCCAGCAGCCGGAGAAGCCUGGUCGUGUCCGCCGUCGGAAGACCAGGCGGGAGCGUAACGAGGCCCUGGCAGGCAGCCGGCAGCCAUUGACCUAUCAGCACCCUCCCGUGGCCAGUCGGGAUCCACAUAUGGUAUUGCAGAAUUCUGUUGCCCCUACUGCUGCCAAGCUCGUGGUCAUAACCCAGGGCCGCCUGAGCCGGGACCACCGGGGUCUCUUCAACCAUGAGGUGAAAUCUCUGGACGUGGCCCGGCUGCUUAGCAGUGAGUCUCUGGAGUCGGGCACCCCUGCACUCACCACCAAGUCCUCCCCAAGCCCAGGCAGGGGCCAACAACCAUCCCUACAGUCAAGGGGCAAGGAAAACCAGGUGCCUGGAGGCUCGGGCCCAGGCCCCCCCAGUCCCCCACAGCUCCCUGACUUGGAGCAGCUGCUGGGGGAGCUGCAAUGUCAGCUGAUUCUGCCACAAGCCUUCCCUAGGAGAAACCUAGUUCAAGAGGCCAGGGAUGCUAUCGUGGGCACUUUACAGGCCUGCCAUGGCUGUGUGCCUGACCUUACCCUGGUGCUCCGGGGCUGCCAGCCACACUUGCCAGGGACUGAGCCUGGGGCCCUUAAGAGGCAAAGAAUGACACCUUCCUGGAUCAACAGUCCUGAGCAGGCCCCAGGGGAGGGGAGGCAGAGGCAGCGGCAGGGAACAAAGGAGCUCACCUUUGCCAUGCCUCCCACCUCCAGCACUCCUACUGUGCACCAAGUGAGCCUGGCACCACCGAAAGGUCCCUGGCCACCCCCAUUAUCCUCGUUGCCUUCACCAUCUGGGGCAGCCUGGGGCCCCCCAACAGCCUUUGAUCUACUGAAAAGCAUCUGGCUGGUAGCCACACCGCCUCCUCCCCGGCCUUGGGGGAUUGGCCCACCACAACUCCUGCCCCAGCCACCAUCACCCUUGUUGCCCCGAAGUUCUGCCUUGGACUGGAGCCCCAGCCCCCCAGCACCGCUGCCCAGCCUCUCCUGGAUGGUGGCUCAGAGCAGCCCAGAGGCCUGGUCCUUUCCACCCAUGAGACUGUACUGAACAGGCUGAGGCUGGGUUGGGGGCAGGAAUUUCCAACUCUGAUCACCUCAAUAAAGUGUCUUCUUCACAGUC